CGCCGGGGCUCCCCGGCACGGGGUAUUUCCUCAACAAAUCCCCCAUCUAUCUGAUUCAAAACUAUGAACACAGCAAGCUCACAGACCAACAGCUGGUGCCGAGAUCUUCUCCUGAUAGUUUCCAAUCCCAGCAAAUAGAGUUCCUCAAGGGGCGGCUCCCAGAAGUGCCCCUCAUUAGAAAGCAGGCACCAUUCCUACCACCAUUCAACCCUAGACUCUGGCCAAGGUUUCCAGAACCACCUGCCAGAGGCAGGCAACUGGAGAUCUGGAGUGCACCCAGGGGCAUACCUCUCAGAAGUCAGGGGGUCCCGAUACGGUUCCAGCAUUCUUGGCCACAAGGCAGGAUUCUGCCAUGGAGAAGUGUUGAUGGGCUUUCCUCACAUUUCAAGGAACUGAAUAUCAGUCAGGAUCUCGAGCAAAGGAUCUUAGAGUUCCUAGAAGAGCUUGGAGAAGGGAAGGCUGCCACAGUACACGAUCUAGUUAGGAAACUCGGGGCACCAAAGAAGGAAGUCAAUCGAGUUUUAUACUCUCUGGCAAAGAAGAAUAAGCUACAUCGGGAGGAAAGAAUACCCCCUUUGUGGAGAAUUGCAUUCUCUGUUCAGGCUUGCAACCAGCAAAGCGAAGUAGGGAGACCAGACCAUCCUAACCAGGCAGUUCCAAACUCAGAGGUCAGUUUGGAAACUGAAGACAGAAACCCCACAUCUGACUCAGAAGAUCCUCCUGGUCCUUGCGACAUGGCUGAGAUCAAGGAGAAAAUCUGUGACUACCUGUUUAAUGUGUUUAAUUCCUCUGCCCUGAAUUUGGCUAAAAAUAUUGGUUUCUCCAAGGCCCGAGAUGUAAAUUCUGUGCUGAUUGACUUGGAAAGACAGGGGGAUGUCUACAGGCAAGGGGCAACCCCUCCCAUAUGGUAUUUGACUGACAAAAAGCGAGAGAGGAUGCAAAUGAAGAAAAACAUGAAUACUGUUCCUGAAACCAUUCCAGCUCCCCAAAACGUAGAGCUCCCCAUCUAUAAUUUACCCAUGUCAGAUCCCUCAGACAAUGUGAUAACCACAGAGAAAGUAGAGAAUGGACAGGAACCUGUCGUAAAGUUAGAAGAUAAAGAGGCCACACCAGAACCAAUAAAAUUGAAACCACCUGUUCAUGACAAUGGCCCCUCAAAAACAGGGUAUGUUGACUUUGAAAAUGGUCAGUGGGCCACCGAUGACAUCCCAGAUGACUUGAAUAGUAUCCACACAGCACCAGGUGAGUUUCGCGCCAUCAUGGAGAUGCCCUCCUUCUACAGUCAUGGCUUGCCACGGUGUUCACCCUACAAGAAACUGACAGAGUGCCAGCUGAAGAACCCCAUCAGCGGGCUGUUAGAGUAUGCUCAGUUCGCUAGUCAGACCUGUGAGUUCAACCUGAUAGAGCAGAGUGGACCACCCCAUGAACCUCGAUUUAAAUUCCAGGUUGUCAUCAGUGGCCGAGAGUUCCCCCCAGCUGAAGCUGGCAGCAAGAAAGUGGCCAAGCAGGAUGCAGCUAUGAAAGCUAUGACAAUUCUGCUUGAGGAAGCUAAAGCCAAGGACAGUGGAAGAUCAGAAGAAUCGUACUACUAUUCCACAGAGAGAGAAUCAGAGACGACUGAAGAGCCCCAGCCCACCACCCCUUCAGCAACAUCCCUUUUUCCCAGGAAGAACUCUGUCACUACAUUGCUUGAGUGUGUGCACAAGUUGGGGAGCUCCUGUGAAUUCCGCCUCCUAUCCAGGGAAGGCCCCGCCCAUGACCCCAAGUUCCAAUACUGUGUUGCAAUGGGAGCCCAUACUUUCCCCACUGUGAGUGCCCCCAGCAAGAAAGUGGCAAAGCAGAUGGCCGCGGAGGAGGCCAUGAAGGCCCUCCACGGGGAGGCAUCCAACCCAGCACCUUCAGAUGACCAGCCCGGAGGUGCGAACACAGAAUCAUUUGAUAACUUGGAAUCUGUGGUGCCCAACAAGGUCAGGAGGAUUGGCGAGCUCGUCAGAUACCUGAACACCAACCCUGUGGGCGGCCUGCUAGAGUACUCUCGCUCCCACGGUUUUGCUGCUGAAUUCAAGCUGGUCGACCAGUCCGGACCUCCGCACGAGCCCAAGUUUGUUUAUCAAGCAAAAGUUGGUGGUCGCUGGUUCCCAGCUGUCUGUGCACACAGCAAGAAGCAAGGCAAGCAGGAAGCAGCAGAUGCGGCUCUCCGGGUCUUGAUUGGGGAGAACGAGAAGGCAGAACGCAUGGGUUUUACAGAGGUAACCCCAGUGACAGGGGCCACUCUCAGAAGAACUAUGCUCCUCCUCUCAAGGUCCCCAGAGGCACAGCCAGAGACACUUCCUCUCACUGGCAGCACCUUCCACGACCAGAUAGCUAUGCUGAGCCACCGGUGCUUCAAUGCUCUCACGAACAGUUUCCAGCCCUCCUUGCUCGGCCGCAAAAUCCUGGCUGCCAUCAUCAUGAAGAAAGACCCUGAAGACCUGGGUGUUGUGGUCAGCCUGGGGACAGGGAAUCGCUGUGUGAAAGGAGAUUCUCUGAGCCUAAAGGGAGAAACCGUCAAUGACUGCCAUGCGGAAAUCAUCUCCCGAAGAGGCUUCAUCAGGUUUCUCUACAGUGAAUUAAUGAAAUACAACCCUCAGACUGCAAAGGAUAGUAUAUUUGAGCCUGCUAAGGGAGGAGAAAAGCUCCAAAUAAAAAAGACUGUGUCAUUCCAUCUCUAUAUCAGCACGGCUCCAUGUGGAGAUGGUGCCCUCUUUGACAAGUCUUGCAGUGACCGUGCGGUGGAGAGCACAGAUUCUCGCCACUACCCUGUCUUUGAGAAUCCCAAACAAGGCAAGCUCCGCACCAAGGUGGAGAAUGGGGAAGGCACAAUCCCAGUGGAGUCCAGUGACAUCGUGCCCACGUGGGACGGAAUUCGGCUUGGGGAGAGACUCCGAACAAUGUCCUGUAGUGACAAAAUCCUCCGCUGGAAUGUGCUUGGCCUGCAGGGGGCACUGUUGACCCACUUCCUGCAGCCUGUGUAUCUCAAAUCUGUCACACUGGGUUACCUUUACAGCCAAGGGCAUCUGACCCGUGCUAUUUGCUGUCGUGUGACGAGAGAUGGGAGUGCAUUUGAGGAUGGACUACAACAUCCCUUUAUUGUGAAUCACCCCAAGGUCGGCCGAGUCAGUGUAUAUGAUUCCAAAAGGCAAUCCGGGAAGACGAAGGAGACAAGCGUCAACUGGUGCUUGGCUGAUGGCUAUGACCUUGAGAUCCUGGAUGGUACCAGAGGCACAGUGGACGGACCCCAGAAUGAAUUGUCACGGGUCUCCAAAAAGAACAUUUUUCUUCUAUUUAAGAAGCUCUGCUCCUUCCGUUACCGCAAGGACCUACUUAGACUCUCCUAUGGUGAGGCCAAGAAAGCUGCCCAUGACUAUGAGACAGCCAAGAACUACUUCAAAAAAAGCCUGAAGGACAUGGGCUAUGGGAAUUGGAUAAGCAAACCCCAGGAGGAAAAGAACUUUGAUUCCUGUCCAGUAUAGUGUGAUCCAGUGACUGACUGACUGGGGGUGUCUCACGCAGGCUGUCGCAUUCCUCAUCACACUGGUCAAAGUUUUGUUUUGUCUUUUUUCUCCUUUUUAAAAAUGGAAACAGAAUUGCUCAUACUGAGAACUCUGGGUACCCAUUUAUCUUGCUUUCUUUGGGAUUGCUAGGCUGGGCCUGGCCAGGCCCCUUCUGUUUUCCCAAGUUAAGAGGCAGAGACUUAAGGGAGAGAGAAAGGGAUUCUUUCCACCUAAUGCAUAAGCAGUCGCUAGGCACCUGCAGCCUCUUAAAUUUUGUUUUGUUUUGUUUUGUUUUUUCCAUUUCCUUUAAGUUUAUGUUUGCUACCUUGACUUCUUAUGGUCUCGAUUAGGUUCCAGUCAACUCUAUGUGAAUCAUGCAGGGACUGACAGUUUCAUUUGUGGAUUGUGCAGGCUUCUACUGCCUCUUCCCUUCUGAAGCUCCUCCUUUGUGAUCAAGUUUCUCUUUUUCCCCCCAAGAGGGUAAAGAAGUGAACUUAAAGUAUUUGGUGAAACAUUUACAAGGGCAGGAGUUUAAAACUACAGUCAGUUAAUUACUGGUGCCAAUGGAAGUGUGUGAUCGGAAUCUGCAGAUAACUGCUCAGUGAUCUUCGGAUCUUGCACUUUAGCCAGCUUAGAAGGGGCCAAGAGGUAGGGAAACCUGCUUCUCAGGAAGUGCAUCCCUUUCCCAGGCAGCAAGGAGAUCUAGAACCAGCCAGCUGGGCUAAAGGAGGCUUCCCUCUGCAGGGAUGACACCAGCCACUUCCCAGAGCAUGUUGCGAGGCUCCCAGCUGCGCCGCCUCCUAAAGCAUUCCUAGAAGCUUCCCUGCCAAUGGGGUAGGAGGGCCAUAGACCUCAACCAUCUGGUAUGAAAAAAAAACAGAACGGAUCCUAGAGGGCAGAUCAUCUCUGCUCAGAUAAUCAGGACUUGUCAAGAUUAAGAGGAAAAAAAAUCAUGUUGGGUCAGAUCACUGUUCCACUCAGCAUAUUUCUCAUAACAGUGACACCACAGGAAGUUUUGGGUAAAUUAGGAGAUUUUAAAAGAAUGCCAUAGAUGUUGAUUCUCAACUGCUACAGAUAACCUGUAAUUGCACAGAUUUAAAAAUUCAGACAUGUUUUUCCACUUAUCCAAGUGCUUUUAUUUUGCAAGAGGCCUCUGAAGUUGGUACAUAGGCAGAGCACAGACUGAGGGUACUCUUCCCCUGCCUGUGAGGGUACAACCAACAGGGCAGUGGCUGGUGAGAGGGCAGGUGGUCCUAACCCUCUGGGAGGGAAGCCCUCUGUCUGCACCUGACUCUUGUGGUCAGAGCCUUUGGCCUCUCCGUGGAGUCUGGCUCUCGGGAACUACUAGGCUCUGCUGCCCCCAGGACCCAGCCUUGCCUUUUGCUUCUUCUGUGAACAUCAGCCAUGUGCCCUCAGGUGAUUUUUCCAUCCCUCCCCCAUCCCCAAACUUCUCACUGGUUCAACCGUCUGCCUGCCCCAUGUCUUUAACAGUAGAUACAUCCACGCACACACAUUUAUUCUUUAUAGCUAUUGUACCCUCUGUCUUUUUGACCAAAAUAAGAAAACCUAAGUUUUUAAACUACACUAAGGAUGUCUUUGCAGAACACCAAACUGUCCCAGGGAAAUAAUAGGGAAACAGUGCCUGUCUUCUGGGGUGAAAAGGGUUGCGCUUCUUGGUUGUCUGCAUCUGCUGAAGACAUUAAUUCAGUCUUGCCCCCAACCCCCAUGUGGGGCAGAGACCUUGUGGUUCCCAACCAUCAGAAGGAAGCUUAUCCCCUCGGUUCUGCAGCCUCGAAGGCUACCACCUACUGAUUCCCUGGAAUGUUUGGUGUCGGGUCUGUCUCUGGCAUUAGAAUCUCCUGCAGAGCUCGGGCACAGGGGCUCCCAGAAGAUCAGAGUCCCCACCCCCACCCCAAUCUUACUAGCAAACUUCCAGUAUUCUUUCUGCUGAGGAAAGAGAACAAGGUGUCUCUGAGCUCCACGUGUCCACUGGAAAUGAGCCUGUGUCAGGCCCUGAACCACUGUGUCCCCCAUGCCCGUAGUCACACAGGACAGAGAUGGCAGAGCUCCUACCCAGAUAGUUCUGUUCACUUUUUUUGGUCAAAUCUUUGUUUUUAAUGAGCAGGACCCCACCCCCCUUUUAAUGAUUUUUGUAGUUGAUUUGUCCGAAUUGGGCUCUCGUACAUUGUUUGAAUAAUCACUUGUAAAAGUGGUCGCUGCCUCAAGCUAUUUCCUUUACUCACAUUUAAGGGACUUUGUUGGUUUUAGGAGUUGUGGUAGUGACUCCGAGAGCAGCAUGGGGAAGAGCCAACUGGAGAUCUGGGUAUCACGAUGGCUGCGUCAUUUUAUAAUUCCGCUUUUGUGUGUCCUGCAAUAUUAUUGACUAACAGUAUACAUUCCUCAUAAAUAAAAAAAGAAGAGUCUGACUUGUUA